AUGUCUGACAUCGACAAGGCCCACCACCCCGACCCUGUGGCCGUGGGUGUUGAAGGUGAGAAGCUCGAGCACGGCCUCAACCACACCGAACAUGUCGACCUGAACGAGAACCUCGAGGCCAAGAUCAAGAACCCUCUCAAGGGAAUUUCCCGCGCCCAGCUCAUGCAGGACGUCGAGGCUUUCGCGCACGAGAAGGGCCUCGUCGAGCACAUCCCCCUCCUGCGCAAGGGUGCUCUCGUUGCCCAGAGCCCGGCCGACUAUGACGAGAUCGACGGCCCAGAGGCUCUCACCGAGCACGAGAAGGUCAUCCUAUCAGACGAGGUCAUGCACAAAUGGCGCUUGCCUUGGCAGCUAUACCUGACCAUCGCGACAUGUUCCAUCGGUGCCGCCGUCCAGGGUUGGGACCAGACGGGAAGCAAUGGCGCCUCCAUCUUCUUUCCCGAAGUCUACGGCAUCGGCUCCGACAGCAGGCAAGACGCUCUUCUGGUCGGUACAGUGAACGCUGGCCCUUACAUUGGCUGUGCUCUUCUCGGUUGCUGGCUGUCGGAUCCCUGCAACAACUACCUCGGUCGUCGAGGCACCAUUUUCCUCUCUGCGAACUUCUGUCUCUGGCCCGUCAUCGGUUCUGCCUUCUGCAACACGUGGUGGGAACAGUUGAUUUGUCGAUUGCUGAUGGGUGUCGGAAUGGGCAUCAAGGCUUCUACUGUACCUAUCUACGCUGCUGAGAAUGCUCCUGCCUCUGUUAGAGGCGCUCUCGUCAUGUCCUGGCAGAUGUGGACUGCCUUUGGUAUCUUCCUCGGUACAGCUGUCAAUCUUGCCGUCUUCUACCACGCCAACAACUGGAGACUGAUGUUGGGCGCCCCUUUCAUCCCGGCCGUCCCUCUGCUCUGCCUGAUCUACCUGUGCCCCGAAUCGCCACGAUGGCUGAUGAAGAAGAACAAGUACGCGGCGGCUUGGAAAUCGAUGGUGGUGCUCCGAAACGACCCUAUCCAGGCCGCUCGGGAUAUCUACUACAUCCACGCACAGCUUUCCAUUGAGAUGGAGAUGAUGCGCAAGAGCAACUACGUCACCCGCUUCACCCAGCUGUUCACCAUCCCCCGUGUCCGACGAGCCAGUGUUGCCGCUUUCACCGUCAUGAUUGCCCAGCAGAUGUGCGGCAUCAACAUCAUCGCCUUUUACUCAACGACACUGUUCGUGAACUCCGGCUUCUCACAAUUCAACGCGACCCUGUGCUCUUUCGGUUUCGGAGCUGUCAACUGGCUGUUUGCUUUCCCUGCUUUCUGGACCAUUGACACGUUCGGCCGAAGGUCCCUUCUCCUGUUCACGUUCCCCAACAUGAUGUGGACGCUGCUUGCCGCCGGGUUGUGCAAUCUGCUGCCCGAGGGCUCAAUUCAGAAGACCGCAACUGUCGCUCUCUUCGUCUUCCUGUUCGCCGCCUUUUACUCUCCUGGUGAAGGUCCCGUGCCGUUCACUUACUCGGCUGAGGUUUUCCCUCUGUCCCACCGUGAAGUUGGCAUGGGGUUCGCUGUCGCCACCUGUCUCGGUUUUGCGGCCGUCCUCGGUAUCACAUUCCCCCUCAUCCUCAAAAGUCUCGGCACAGUCGGCGCUUUCUGUCUGUACGCCGGGUUCAAUGGCGUGGCCUUUGUCAUGAUCUUCUUCCUGGUACCCGAGACCAAGCAGCGCACCCUGGAAGAGCUCGACUACGUCUUUGCUGUCCCCAACCGAAAGUUCGCAAGCUACCAGGUCAACAAGGUCCUCCCCUGGUGGUUCAACCGAUGGAUUCUCUUCAAGAAGAAUGCCUAUCUCGAGCCUCUUUACCAGCAAGAGGAUGUCGACAACUUCCACCGCGUGGCCCGCCACCACAGCAACGACUUUUCCUCCGACCCCGACAAGAAGGCUGCCCUGUGA